AUGUAUGCUGCUAUUUGGCCUCUCACGGCUCUGAGGAAGGAGGACUUUAUGAUAGUUCCUUCAACUCAAAUUAAAAAGUUCCAACCCCAACAUGACAAAGAUUUUGGGGCCAAAACAGUUUACAAAUACAAGCCUCCAUCCGCACCAAAAUCAACACAAGUGUUUAUUUUGGCUUUGGCUGAGAGUGAAGCUGCCCUAAAGAUAAAAAUGAUGGAAUCAAGAAUUCACUAUCCGAACAGGAAGUCUAUAAAUCCGGCCUCCUCUACAACAGAAGAAGACGCCAAUUCUGAAGCGGCAUUAGCUAAAGCAAAAAAAGGUGAAGGUGAAAAGAGAAAUGCUUCCCAGAUAUUGAAUAAGUAUAAAACUAAAUUAUUUAGUAACACUUCGACAGAGGACUUGAGCAAGGCGAAAAGAAUCAACCUUCAAGGUUCUUCUCUUCAAGAAGGGCGGUUGCCUGUGAAGAGUUCUGGUUCUAAAACCUCCAAUAUCCCCGUAAAAAUAGUAGUGAAAAAGCCAUUAUUACAAGGUUCUGGUGUGGGAGGAGAUACGCAGCCUCCUGCUGAAGAUUCUGUAGUAACACCCGAAGGAACAUCCAGCCAGAACACUCCGCCAGUUCUGUCUUCUUCUUCAGUGUCAGAAUUUGUCAAUCUUCAGAAAGAAAUGAAGUUACUUCAGCAGAAGAAUGUCAUCCUUGAGAAGAAGCUGCAGCAGAUUUCCAAUGAACGUCUUGAGGCUAGCCAAAGUGAACUUGAAAUAGUAAAAAGCAACAUAAAAGAAACACUAGAUCAAGAACUCCUAAAAAUAAAAGAUCAGAUAAGAGAUACUUUUAAUGCUGAAAGACAAGAAUUGGAAAAAUCACUGCAAGCCAGAUUGGAGAAUAUCCCAGGUCCAUCUAAACCAAGAAUAAUCCACAAAAUUAUUAAUACCAGAAAGCUUGACAAGGAUCCUACAGAAGGCCACCUACCAUCUGUUGAAUUGGUAAACAUCGGACAUGGAGUGCAGGCAGACAAUGACAUAUGGUCAACUAUUGAAGGUAAUACUUCCAAAGAUGACUGGGCAUACAGUGCACUCCUAGCUGUCUUUGGUGAGCAGGCCAAGUUCUACAGAGUUAGAAAACCAAGAAGUAAGGAUGCAGAUCUGAGACAGUUUCCGAGUAAACCACCUGUCCUCUUUGUUCUGCAACACUACUACAAAUCAUGGCUGAAGAAAAAUCCGUGUGUUUUAGAUGAGAAACCAAAAAUGAAAAAAAAUGAAGCUCCCAUUGCAGAUGAGGAAUGGGUGCAAUUCUUAGAAGACGAGACGCAGGCAGAUCGAGAGAAGAGGAGGGCGGUUACCCUUCCUGCAAUGGUCAAGCAACUAGGAGGGCUUUUAGGGGACAAGGCCAUUAACAUGUACAGGGCAUCAAAAGGGAGGACACGAGGAGCUUCUGGUGAAGACAGCAGUGGUGACAGUUCGAGUUCAGAGUCUGACCACGACCAGUCUGACAGCAAUCACCAAGAUGACAAAACUGACCAAAAUGAUGAGAACGACAGCAGCAGCAGCUCCUCAACUAAUUGACUCCAAAUUUCUUCACAUCAUGUUUAUUAUGAUUAUUUAGGCACUCAUUUUAUAUGUGUUAUCCUCUCAUGGUUCUAUAUUUUAUAUUUUGUUCU